AUGGAAUCUAGAUUUGGAGUUGUGCUGGUUUUGAUCUUGGCAGCUGCAUCAUCAUCUGCCCAGAAGAACUGUACCUGUGCGACCAACAGACGGGCUCUAUGCACUGAAGACACAUUUGGGAACUGCCUCUGCACAUUGGUGGGUUCAAAUCAAAGAGUAAAUUGUUCAGUGUUGACUUCAAAAUGCCUACUGAUGAAGGCAGAAAUGAGCACCCCAAAGGGCAGGAGUUUCUUCAAACCUGAGCAUGGCUUUUUAGACAAUGAUGGAGUUUACAAUCCAGACUGUGAGGAUAGUGGUAUCUUCAAAGCCAGGCAGUGCAAUCAGACCAAUACCUGCUGGUGUGUGAACUCUGCUGGGGUGAGAAGAACUGAUAAAGGUGACACAACCCUAAGAUGCAAUGAACUAGUCAGAACUAACUGGAUCUUCAUCGAACUGAAACACAAGGAGAGGUCUAAAGCCUUCAAUGCUUCUGAAGUGGCAGAUGGUCUGAGACAGAUCAUUCAGAACAGAUACAAGCUGCAACCAAAGUACAUUACUGCCAUUGAGUAUGAAUACCCAUUCAUCCAUAUUGACCUGAAGCAAAAUGCUUCCCAGAAAUCCAAAGGAGAUGUUGAUAUAGUUGAUGUGGCUUAUUACUUUGAAAAAGAUGUUAAACUUGACUCCAUAUUUCAUCAUAGUAAUGCAUUCAACCUCUCCGUUAACAGAGACCCUCUGGAUGUGGAAGGAAUUUUAAUUUACUACGUGGAUGAAAAGCCACCAGAGUUUUCUAUGAAACGUCUGACUGCUGGCGUUAUUGCUGUGUUGGCAGUGGUGAUAUUGACUAUUAUUACUGGGAUUAUUGUACUGGUUAUUACCAGAAGGAGGACCGGGAAGUAUGAGAAGGUCGAGAUCAAGGAGAUGGGUGAAAUGAGACGAGGACAAAACUUAUAGCUGCCUUAAUCUGAAGACAGAAAUUAAGACUUUGAUGAGAAGGAAGCAGAAAUCGGAAGAUUAUUCAAUGUUUGUGUGGGGAGGCUGGGGUAUUUUUUAUUUCUAGUUUUAAAACAAUGUUUUUCUAAAAUCCUAAAUAAGCUUCGAUGAGUAAAGUGGUAUUAACUAGUAUAAAUGAAUUUGAGAGUUGAUUAUCAAAAUCACCUUAGCCCAAAAUUUUCCGAUUGUAUAGUUGUAUUUUUAAGAGGACAAGAAAGUUAUUUGUACUUCCUAACAUAGCUAUUUAGCAUAAUUUAUAAUACCUAAAUUUGAAUUACUAAAGAGCCUGUUAAACUUGUUUAAAAAUUUUAUGAGGACUUUUUUUUUUUUUUUUGCACAACCAGGUGCUGAAGCUUGAAUAUGCACUGUCUGACUCACUUGUAUAACUAGGGUUGGCUUUCUGUUUUCAAUGACAUUUUUAAAGAUACCAUCUUUGAUGAAGUUUCUGGAACUUUUUUUUUUUCACCAACUUUAAACUUAAU